AUGAAGUAUCUGGUACUUGUGGCCUUUUUGGGUCCUUGUUGGGUCAAUUGUGCGAUUAAAUCAAGGGCCACUGAGGAAGUAACACGGGAAAAUGACACAGAGUUCGGUGAGUAACGUUAGCUAGUGGCUAGUUAGUUCUCAGACAUGUUCUGCUACAGUAGCAAGUUGUCAGAGUCAAAUGUAUGCAAAUUAGGCUGUUAACUACAUCUUCACUUGCUAAAGUUUGACGAGUAGUGUUCUCUAGAUAGCUGGCUAGUUAACUAACAAACGAGUUAACUAACUUUAAUGUUGUUAACGAGUAAGAUAGUCUUCGGGUACUUAGUACCUAGCUAGAAUGUCUGGUAUUCAGCAUCAUAGUAACGUUAUUGUGCAUCAUGCUGUGUGUGUUCAAAUGAAUCAAGACAGAGUGGCUAUUCCUUUUCCAGUGGUGCCAGAGCAGUGUUCUUCAAUCCUAGUCUUAUCACAUCUACUGAUUCAACUAAGGUAUUUUAUGUUAGUUAACUAGCUACAAAUGUAUGGCACUGGCAGGGCUGGAACAAAUACCUGCACGACCUGUGGGUCCCCAGGACCAGGAUUGAAGAAUGCUGUCUUGGAGGAUCAAGGUUUUUGUUCCCAAACUAGUCUAGCACUAAUAGCUUGAUCAUUCUGAAGAUCGCAAUUCAAUGUUUCACAUAACCUGUAGUGAUGUGCUGGAACAACAAACGUGUACGCACUAACGUUGGCUUUCCAGUGUUGGCCACCCCUGAAAUAAUGUUGCCCUGUGGAUUUAAACACACAGGUAACAAAGCAAUAGCAGAGAUAGGCCAUGAAGGCUAAUCAUGGCUACAUAAUAGCUAGAUACUGAUUUUCCCAGAGGUUGAGCUUGUAAUGUUUUGACAACUGAUUGAUUUGUUAAAUCAAGAUAGGUAUUUAGGUCUAUAGGCCUAUAGCUUGAAAUUAUGUCACAGGCUGAGGAUGCCAGGGAAUUUGCCUUCAAUUAAGUACCUAGUUAAAAUUUCAACCAUGCUCAAGUUGUUUUAAUUAGGAAAGUGUGACGCUCUGACUAGCACCACAAAGACAGUGUUGACAAUCUAUUUGUAGGCUGUAUGGAGUGUGUGUCAUUAAGGGCUCUCCACAGUGAAUUUCACAGUCUACACAAACCGAGCGUCGUUUGGGGUCGCGUUCCAAAAAAUUCAGCCGCUCAAAAGUAUGUAGAGAGCUAUGCAAACGAACCUCCUUCGGAUCCGUUUCGUAGACUGUGUAGAGCCCUUUAGACAGGACAGAACUAGCUACCUAACAGCUUUCAAGAGGAAGUGACAAACUUCCGUUUUGGCUGUUUUAUGCCUCAGAAAGAUUCAUGGUAAAAACAUAUUUUAGGCAACUCUAACUGUUACUUAGUGCUGCAUCAAGCCCAUAUUAUUUGCCACAGAGCGAGUAGCGUAUAGGCUACUGUAGUGGUCGCUAACAAUGAACCAGAGUUUUGUUCCAUCCCAGCACUAACACAUCUGAUUCAGCUAAUCAGGAAGGCCAUGAUUGAUACAUUAAUCAGAUGUGUUAGUGCUGGGUUAGAACCAAAGCCUGCACAUUUGAAGCUCUUCAGGACAAGGGUUGGUGACCACUGUACGGUUACUGUACCAAUUAUAUUGUAUGUUGCCAGUUUCUCUAUAUUGGUGUUACAUUGAGGGAGUUCAGUUAUGCCUGGCUGUGUGUAUGUAUGUAGGUAUGUGUAUAUACACUGCUCAAAAAAAUUAAGGGAACACUAAAAUAACACAUCCUAGAUCUGAAUGAAUGAAAUAAUCUUAUUAAAUACUUUUUUCUUUACAUAGUUGAAUGUGCUGACAACAAAAUCACACAAAAAUUAUCAAUGGAAAUCAAAUUUAUCAACCCCAUGGAGGUCUGGAUUUGGAGUCACCCUCAAAAUGAAAGUGGAAAACCACACUACAGGGUGAUCCAACUUUGAUGUAAUGUCCUUAAAACAAGUCAAGAUGAGGCUCAGUAGUGUGUGUGGCCUCCACGUGCCUGUAUGACCUCCCUACAACGCCUGGGCAUGCUCCUGAUGAGGUGGCGGAUGGUCUCCUGAGGGAUCUCCUCUCAGACCUGGACUAAAGCAUCCGCCAACACCUGUACAGUCUGUGGCGUUGGUGGAUGGAGCGAGACAUGAUGUCCCAGAUGUGCUCAAUUGGAUUCAGGUCUGGGGAACGGGCGGACCAGUCCAUAGCAUCAAUGCCUUCCUCUUGCAGGAACUGCUGACACACUCCAGCCACAUGAGGUCUAGCAUUGUCUUGCAUUAGGAGGAACCCAGGGCCAACCGCACCAGCAUAUGGUCUCACAAGGGGUCUGAGGAUCUCAUCUCGGUACCUAAUGGCAGUCAGGCUACCUCUGGCGAGCACAUGGAGGGCUGUGUGGCCCCCCAAAGAAAUGCCACCCCACACCAUGACUGACCCACCGCCAAACCGGUCAUGCUGGAGGAUGUUGCAGGCAGCAGAACGGUCUCCUCGGCGUCUCCAGACUCUGUCACGUCUGUCACAUGUGCUCAGUGUGAACCUGCUUUCAUCUGUGAAGAGCACAGGGCGCCAGUGGCGAAUUUGCCAAUCUUGGUGUUCUCUGGCAAAUGCCAAACGUCCUGCACGGUGUUGGGCUGUAAGCACAACCCCCACCUGUGGAUGUCGGGCCCUCAUACCACCCUCAUGGAGUCUGUUUCUGACUGUUUGAGCAGACACAUGCACAUUUGUGGCCUGCUGGAGGUCAUUUUGCAGGGCUCUGGCAGUGCUCCUCCUACUCCUCCUUGCACAAAGGUGGAGGUAGCAGUCCUGCUGCUGGGUUGUUGCCCUCCUACGGCCUCCUCCACGUCUCCUGUUGUACUGGCCUGUCUCCUGGUAGCGCCUCCAUGCUCUGGACACUACGCUGACAGACACAGCAAACCUUCUUGCCACAGCUCGCAUUGAUGUGCCAUCCUGGAUGAGCUGCACUACCUGAGCCACUUGUGUGGGUUGUAGACUCCGUCUCAUGCUACCACUAGAGUGAAAGGACCGCCAGCAUUCAAAAGUGACCAAAACAUCAGCCAGGAAGCAUAGGAACUGAGAAGUGGUCUGUGGUCACCACCUGCAAAACCAGUCCUUUAUUGGGGGUAUCUUGCUAAUUGCCUAUAAUUUCCAUCUGUUGUCUAUUCCAUUUGCACAACAGCAUGUGCAAUUUAUUGUCAAUCAGUGUUGCUUCCUAAGUGGACAGUUUGAUUUCACAGAAGUGUGAUUGACUUGGAGUUACAUUGUGUUGUUUAAGUGUUCCCUUUAUUUUUUUGAGCAGUGUGUGUAUAUAUAUAUAUAUAUAUAUAUAUAUAUAUAUAUAUAUAUACACACUACCGUUCAAAAGUUUGGGGUCACUUAGACAUUUCCUUGUUUUUGAAAGAAAAGCAUUUUCUUGGUCCAUUAAAAUAACAUCUAAUUGAUCAGAAAUACAGUGUAGACAUUGUUAAUGUUGUAAAUGGCUAUUGUAGCUGGAAACGUCUUAUUUUUAAUGGAAUAUCUACAUAGGCAUACAGAAGGCCAUUAUCAGCAACCAUCGGUCCUGUGUUCCAAUGGCACGUUGUGUUUGCUAAUCCAAGUUUAUCAUUUUAAAAGGCUAAUUGAUCAUUAGAAAACCCUUUUGCAAGUAUGUUAGCACAGCUGAAAACUGUUGUGCUGAUUAAAGAAGCAAUACAACUGGCCUUCUUGAGACUAGUUGAGUAUCUGGAGCAUCAGCAAUUGUGGGUUUGAUUACAGGAUCAAAAUGGCCAGAAACAAAGAACUUUCUUCUGAAACUCGUCAGUCUAUUCUUGUUCUGAGAAAUGAAGGCUAUUCCAUGCGAGAAAUUGCCAAGAAACUGAAGAUCCCGUACAACGCUGUGUACCACUCCCUUCACAGAACAGCGCAAACUGGCUCUAACCAGAAUAGAAAGAGGAGUGGGAGGCCCCGGUGCACAACUGAGCAAGAGGACAAAUACAUUAGAGUGUCUAGUUUGAGAAACAGAUGCCUCACAGGUCCUCAACUGGCAGCUUCAUUAAAUAGUACCCGCAAAACACCAGUUUCAACGUCAACAGUGAAGAGGCGACUCCGGGAUGCUGACCUAGGCACAGUUGCAAAGACAAAGUCCAGUGUCUGUGUUCUUUUGCCCAUCUUAAUCUUUUAUUUUUAUUGGCCAGUCUGAGAUGGCUUUUUCUUUGCAACUCUGCCUAGGUCAGCAUCCCUGAGUCGUCUCUUCACUGUUGACGUUGAGACUGGUGUUUUGCGGGUACUAUUUAAUGAAGCUGCCAGUUGAGGACCUGUGAGGCAUCUGUUUCUCAAACUAGACACUAAUGUAUUUGUCCUCUUGCUCAGUUGUGCACCGGGGCCUCCCACUCCUCUUUCUAUUCUGGUUAGAGCCAGUUUGCGCUGUUCUGUGAAGGGAGUGGUACACAGCGUUGUACGAGAUCUUCAGUUUCUUGGCAAUUUCUCGCAUGGAAUAGCCUUCAUUUCUCAGAACAAGAAUAGACUGACAAGUUUCAGAAGAAAGUUAUUUGUUUCUGGCCAUUUUGAGCCUGUAAUCGAACCCACAAUUGCUGAUGCUCCAGAUACUCAACUAGUCUCAAGAAGGCCAGUUUUAUUGCUUCUUUAAUCAGCACAACAUUUUUCAGCUGUGCUAACAUAAUUGCAAAAGGGUUUUCUAAUGAUCAAUUAGCCUUUUAAAAUGAUAAACUUGGAUUAGCAAACACAACGUGCCAUUGGAACACAGGACUGAUGGUUGCUGAUAAUGGGCCUCUGUACGCCUAUGUAGAUAUUCCAUUAAAAAUAUGACGUUUCCAGCUACAAUAGCCAUUUACAACAUGAACAAUGUCUACACUGUAUUCCUGAUCAAUUUGAUGUUAUUUUAAUGGACAAAAAAUUUGCUUUUCUUUCGAAAACAAGGAUAUUUCUAAGUGACCCCAAACUUUUGAACGGUAGUGUGUAUAUAUACUACCAGUCAAAAGUUUGGACACACCUACUCAUUUAAGGGUUUUUAUUUAUUUUUGUCUAUUUUUUACAUUGUAGAAUAAUAGUGAAGACAUCAAAACUAUGAAAUAACACAUAUGGAAUCAUGUAGUAAACAAAAAAGUGUUAAACAAAUCAAAAUAUAUUUAAUAUUUGAGAUUCUUCAAAUAGCCACCCUUUGCCUUGAUGACAGCUUUGCACACUCUUGGCAUUCCCUCAACCAGCUUCACCUGGAAUGCUUUUCCAACGGUCUUGAAUGAGUUCCCACAUAUGCUGAGCACUUGUUGGCUGCUUUUCCUUCACUCUGCGGUCCGACUCAUCCCAAACCAUCUCAAUUGGGUUGAGGUCAGGGGAUUGCGGAGGCCAGGUCAUCUGAUGCAGCACUCCAUCACUCUCCUUCUUGGUAAAACAGCCCUUACAAAGCCUGGAGGUGUGUUGGGUCAUUGUGCUAUUGAAAAACAAAUGAUAGUCCCACUAUGCCCAAACCAGAUGGGAUGGCGUAUCGAUGUAGAAUGCUGUGGUAGCCAUGCUGGUUAAGUGUGCCUUGAAUUCUAAAUAAAUCACAGACCGUGUCACCAGCAAAGCACCCCCACAUCCCCACACCAUAACACCACCUCCUCCAUGCUUUACGGUGGGAUAUACACAUGCAGAGAUCAUCCGUUCACCCACACCGGUCUCCCACCGUGUCUCACAAAGACACACAGCGGUUGGAACCAAAAAUCGCAAAUUUGGACUCCAGACCAAAGGACACAUUUCCACCGGUCGUAUGUCCAUUGCUCGUGUUUCUUGGCCCAAGCAGGUCUUUUCUUCUUAUUGGUGUCCUUUAGUAGUGGUUUCUUUGCAGCAAUUCAACCAUGAACGUCUGAUUCACACAGUCCCCUCUGAACAGUUGAUGUUGAGAUGUUACUGGAACUCUGUGAAGCAUUUAUUUGGGCUGCAAUUUCUGAAACUGGUAACUCUAAUGAACUUAUCCUCUGCUUCAGAGGUAACUCUGGGUCUUCCAUUCCUGUGGCGGUCCUCAUGAGAGCCAGUUUCAUCAUAGUGCUUGAUGGUUUUUGCGACUGCACUUUAAGAAACUUAAAAAGUUCUUGUAAUUUUCCGUAUUGACUGACCUUCAUGUCUUAAAUUAAUGAUGGACUGUCAUUUCUCUUUGCUUAUUUGAGCUGUUCUUGACAUAAUAUGUACUUGGUAUUUUACCAAAUAGGGCUGUCUUCUGUAUACCCCCCCUACCUUGUCACAACACAACUGAUUUGCUCAAACGCAUUGAGAAGGAAAGAAAUUCCACAAAUUAACUUUUAAGAAGGCACAGCUGUUGAGAGAAUGCCAAAAGUGUGCAAAGCUGUCAUCAAGGCAAAGGAUGGCUAUUUGAAGAAUCUCAAAUAUAAAAUAUAUUUUGAUUUGUUUAACACUUUUUUGGUUACUACAUGAUUCCAUAUGUGUUAUUUCAUAGUUUUGAUGUCUUCACUAUUAUUCGACAAUGUAAAAAAUAGUAAAAAUAAAGAAAAACCCUUGAAUGAGUAGGUGUGUCCAAACCUUUGACUGGUAGUGUAUAUAUAGUACCAGUCAAAAGUGCCAUGCUCUACCAACUGAGCUACAGAGGACUGGCCCUCUCACUCUCCUCAUAUGACUCUUCCCUUCUUCCAGAAGCUCUGAGCUUGUUGCUGUCCGACUUUGAGGUGCUGCCCGUGUCCGGCCUCCAGCAGCACUCGCUCAGGAAGAGGGACGUCCACACAGAGUCCCACCUGGAGCGCAUGGUCAGCUUCAAUGCCCUCAAGAGGUAGGUGGCACGAAGUCUCCUAUAUGGGACUUUCACAUCGUAAGCUCUGGAUAAGAGCGUCUGCUAAAUGACUCAAAUGUAAGGGCAAAACGGCAAAGACUCCAUUCUACUCAAUGGGGCUCUCCCACCCACUCACGUAACAUUCAAAACCAAGCAAAAAAAGUUGAGAUGUUCAAUGGUUUUGUAUCAUUCUGAUGCAGCCCAGUGCUUGGAAAGAUCAUAUGACAUUAGGGGUUGGAAAAAUAGAUUAGCGCUGUCUCAAUUAUCUGUUACUUUUCUCAGAGGUUCUAGUCCUCCCUGCUAGGUUCUACUCCUAUGUGUUUUUACAUUGUUACUGGAAUGGCUUUUUAUCAUUACAAUGGCCUAAUGACUAGAUUGCAUUUAUCUUCAUGGGAUUUUCAGUGCUUUUGUGCAAUUGAAACAGACCAUUGACAAAGUUAACAUUUGUCUGUAUCCUCAAUAAACCAGAAUAUGUACGCUACCGUUCAAAAGUUUGGAGAAAUGUCCUUGUUUUCCAUGAAAACAUACAUGAAAUGAGUUUGAAUAGGAAAUAUAGCAAAAUGAAUAGUAAAUGUAGUCAUUGACAAGGUUAGAAAUAAUGAUUUUUAAUUGAAAUAAGAAUCCUCCAUUUGCAGCAAUUACAGCCUUGCAGACCUUUGGCAUUCUAGUUGUCAAUUUGUUGAGGUAAUCUGAAGAGAUUUCACCCCAUGCUUCCUGAAACACCUCCCACAAGUUGGCGUGGCUUAAUGGGCACUUCUUACGUACCAUACGGUCAAGCUGCUCCCACAACAGCUCAAUAGGGUUGAGAUCCGGUGACCGUGCUGGCCACUCCAUUAUAGACAGAAUAACAGCUGACUGCUUCUUCCCUAAAUAGUUAUUGCAUAGUUUGGAGCUGUGCUUUCGGUCAUUGUCCUGUUGUAGGAGGAAAUUGGCUCCAAUCAAGUGCCGUCCACAGGUUAUGGUAUGGCGUUGCCAAAUGGAGUGAAAGCCUUCCUUCUUCAAGUUCCCUUUACCCUGUACAAAUCUCCCACUUUACCACCACCAAAGCACCCCCAGACCAUCACAUUGCCUCCACCAUGCUUGACAGAUGGCAUCAAGCACUCCUCCAGCAUCUUUUCAUUUGGUCUGCGUCUCACAAAUGUUCUUCUUUGUGAUCCGAACACCUCAAACUUCAAUUAGUCUGUCCAUAACACUUUUUUCCAAUCUUCCUCUGUCCAGUGUCUGUGUUCUUUUGCCCAUCUUAAUCUUUUAUUUUUAUUGGCCAGUCUGAGAUAUGGCUUUUUCUUUGCAACUCUGCCUAGAAGGUCAGCAUCCCGGAGUCGCCUCUUCACUGUUGACGUUGAGACUGGUGUUUUGCGGGUACUAUUUAAUGAAGCUGCCAGUUGAGGACCUGUGAGGCGUCUGUUUCUCAAACUAGACACUCUAAUGUAUUUGUCCUCUUGAUCAGUUGUGGACAAGGGCCUCCCACUCCUCUUUCUAUUCUGGUUAGAGACAGUUUGCGCUGUUUUGUGAAGUGAGUAGUACACAGCGUUGUACGAGAUCUUCAGUUUCUUGGGAAUUUCUUGCAUGGAAUAGCCUUCAUUUCUCAGAACAACAAUAGACUGACGAGUUUCAGAAGAAAGUUAUUUGUUUCUGGCCAUUUUGAGCCUGUAAUCGAACCCACAAUUGCUGAUGCUCCAGAUACUCAACUAGUUUCAAGAAGGCCAGUUUUAUUGCUUCUUUAAUCAGCACAACAUUUUUCAACUGUGCUAACAUAAUUGCAAAAGGGUUUUCUAAUGAUCAAUUUGCCUUUUAAAAUGAUAAACUUGGAUUAGCAAACACAAUGUGCCAUUGGAACACAGGACUGAUGGUUGCUGAUAAUGAGCUUGAAAUGGUUGCUGAAAAUUGCUUUUCUUUUCAAAAACAAGGAAAUGUCUAAGUGACCCCCAAACGUUUGAACGGUAGUGUACAUUUCUCAUGUUUCUUACCAUCAAACUGUAAUUUAUGUUUUUCGCAGACAUUUUAAGCUUUACUUGACAACUAACACAGGCCUGUUUACUGAGGACUUCAAAGCUGUGUUUGUAGAUGAGCAAGGGAAGGAAGACCGCCAUGAUGUUCAGCUGCAGAACUACUUUACUGGACAUCUUGUAGGUGAGUCAGGAGGGUAUUUGUUUGGUUGGUUUUAUAUGGAAUAUUGAUAUGGAGGUGUUUGCACUUGUGUGUCAGUUUGUGUGUGUGCUUCCGUUUCAGUGUGGGUGAGUGUGUGUGUGAGUACUGAGAAGAAUACCUUAAAAUCGUGUGUGUGUGUGUGUAGGCGAGGAGCACUCCCGUGUUCAGGCACACAUAGACGGGGACGAGUUCUCUGCCCACAUCCUUACAGAGGAGACGGAGUACAACGUAGAGGUAAAUCCCAAAACAGGAGCCCUGGUUUAAAGUUUAAAGCAGGGGUUGGAACCGGUUCAGGGAACAUUUCUCAAGGAACCGAAACGGAAUCUGGAACGAAAGUCAUCCAUACUGUUCCGGAACGGAACCGUUAUUUUAAAAGCAUGGGAACCGGUUAAUAAUGUUAUUUUACGUUCCAGGCAUUUUUUUCUAGUCCCACAACAAAAAAGCAACAAAGUGCCUAUGCAAAGCUCUCACUGUCACUCAAACUUAUUCCAGUGUCCGCCUGCAAGCCAAUGUCUGUGUGUAUUUAGGCUACCUGCCCUUCCCCCUCCAAAACAUAGGCUACUGUACUGACGUUACAAUCGUCAUUCAGAAGAUAGGGAGAGAGAUUUUUAAUUAGCUAGAGAAGAAUGGAUUAACUUUUUCAAUGCUAGUUAAGGAUACUAUAGGCCUAGUUAUCACGUUUCACGUUGGAUUUAUUAACUACAAAAAGUUAACACGUGUUUUUUAAUUCUGGUGCCGCUAGCUAGCUCAAGCUUGUUAGCGAGCUAGCUCAAAGGACAUUCAAAGUUUCUCCAUAGAAGCCGCUCCUCCUAGGUAUAAUUCUGUGGACCUAAUUCAGAUAAUGCAUGUCAUAACAAGAUGCCCAGCGCUUCAAUCUUACUCCUCAACCCUCUCUCGCUCUCUCCCCAUCCGCAAAAUGUCAGUCUCAUCUUGCGCCAUAGGAUACACUUGUCUGUCCAUCAUGCAUGUAAACAACUAACGUUAGCUUAACUGCUCUAUCCACACUGAUUGGUGAAGUAAUUUAAUGAGCUAAAGGUAGCUGUACAUACAGUGGCUUGCGGAAGUAUUCACCCCCCCUUGGCAUUUUUCCUAUUUUGUUGCCUUACAACCUGGAAUUAAAAUGGAUUUUUGGGGGGUUUGUAUCAUUUGAUUUACACAACAUGCCUACCACUUUGAAGAUGCAAAAUACAUUUUUUUGUUAACCAAACAAGAAUUAAGACAAAAAAACUUGCAUAACUAUUCACCCCCCGCAAAGUCAAUACUUUUGGAGAGCCACAUUUUGCAGGAAUUACAGCUGCAAGUCUUUUGGGGUAUGUCUCUAUAAGCUUGGCACAUCUAGCCACUGGGAUCUUUGCCCAUUCUUCAAGGCAAAACUGCUCCAGCUCCUUCAAGUUGGAUGGGUUCCGCUGGUGUACAGCAAUCUUUAAGUCAUACCACAGAUUCUCAAUUGGAUUAAGGUGUGGGCUUUGACUAGGCCAUUCCAAGACAUUUAAAUGUUUCCCCUUAAACCACUCGAGUGUUGCUUUAGCAGUAUGCUUAGGGUCAUUGUCCUGCUGGAAGGAGAACCUCCGUCCCAGUCUCAAAUCUCUGGAAGACUGAAACAGGUUUCCCUCAAGAAUUUCCCUGUAUUUAGCACCAUCCAUCAUUCCUUCAAUUCUGACCAGUUUCCCAGUCCCUGCCGAUGGGAAACAUCCCCACAGCAUGAUACUGCCACCACCAUGCUUCACUGUGGGGAUGGUGUUCUCGGGGGGAUGAGAGGUGUUGGGUUUGCGCCAGACAUAGCAUUUUCCUUGAUGGCCAAAAAUCUCAAUUUGAGUCUCAUCUGACCAGAGUACCUUCUUCCAUAUGUUUGGGGAGUCUCCCACAUGCCUUUAUUUCUUUCUUUAAGCAAUGGCUUUUUUCUGGCCACUCUUCCGUAAAGCCCAGCUCUGUGGAGUGUACGGCUUAAAGUGGUCCUAUGGACAGAUACUCCGAUCUCCGCUGUGGAGCUUUGCAGCUCCUUCAUGGUUAUCUUUGGUCUCUUUGUUGCCUCUGAUUAAUGCCCUCCUUGCCUGGUUUUGAUGGGCGGCCCUCUCUUGGCAAAUUUGUUGUGGUGCCAUAUUCUUUCCAUUUUUUAAUAAUGGAUUUAAUGGUGCUCUGUGGGAUGUUCAAAGUUUCUGAUAUUUUUUUAUAACCCAACCCUGAUCUGUACUUCUCCACAACUUUGUCCCUGACCUGUUUGGAGAGCUCCUUGGUCUUCAUGGUGCCGCUUGCUUGGUGGUGCCCCUUGCUUAGUGGUGUUGCAGACUCGGGGGCCUUUCAGAACAGGUGUAUAUAUACUGAGAUCAUGUGACACUUAGAUUGCACACAGGUGGACUUUAUUUAACUAAUUACAGUUGAAGUCGGAAGUUUACAUAAACCUUAGCCAAAUACAUUUAAACUCAGUUUUUCACAAUUCCUGACAUUUAAUCCAAGUAAAAAUUCCCUGUCUUAGGUCAGUUAGGAUCACCACUUUAUUUUAAGAAUGUGAAAUGUCAGAAUAAUAGUAGAGAGAGAUUUAUUUCAGCUUUUAUUUCUUUCAUCACAUUCCCAGUGGGUCAGAAGUUUACAUACACUCAAUUAGUAUUUGUUAGCAUUGCUUUUAAAUUGUUUAACUUGGGUCAAACAUUUCGGGUAGCCUUCCAUCAGCUUCCCACAAUAAGUUGGGUGAAUUUUGGCCCAUUCCUCCUGAUUGAGCUUGUGUAACUGAGUCUGGUUUGUAGGCCUCCUUGCUCACACACGGUUUUUCUGUUCAGCCCACACAUUUUCUAUAGUAUUGAGGUCAGGGCUCUGUGAUGGCCACUCCAAUACCUUGACUUUGUUGUCCUUAUGACAUUUUGCCACAACUUUGGAAGUAUGAUUGGGGUCAUUGUCCAUUUGGAAGACCCAAGCUUUAACUUCCUUACUGAUGUCUUGAGAUGUUGCUUCAAUAUAUCCACAUAAUUUUCCUUCCUCAUGAUGCCAUCUUUUUUGUGAAGUGCACCAGUCCCUCCUGCAGCAAAGCACCCCCACAGCAUGAUGCUGCCACCCCCGUGCUUGGGAUGGUGUUCUUCGGCUUGCAAGCAACCCCCUUUUUCCUCCAAACAUAACGAUGGUCAUUAUGGCCAAACAGUUCUAUUUUUGUUUCAUCAGACCAGAGGACUUUUCUCCAAAUAGUACGAUCUUUGUCCCCAUGUGUCUGGCUUUUUAUGCCGAUUUUGGAGCAUUGGCUUCUUCCUUGCUGAUGAACCAGACUUGUGGAGGUCUUGGCUGAUUUCUUUUGAUUUUCCCAUGAUGUCAAGCAAAGAGGCACUGAGUUUGAAGGUAGACCUUGAAAUACAUCUACAGGUACACCUCCAAUUGACUCAAAUUAUGUAAAUUAACCUAUCAGAAGCUUCUAAAGCCAUGACAUACUUUCCUGGAAUUUUCCAAGCUGUUUAAAGGCACAGUCAACUUAGUGUAUGUAAACUUCUGACCCACUGGAAUUGUGAUACAGUGAAUUAUAAGUGAAAUAAUCUGUCUGUAAACAAUUGUUGGAAAAAUUAUUUGUGUCAUGCACAAAGUAGAUGUCCUAACCGACUUGCCAAAACUAUAGUUUGUUAACAAGAAAUUUGUGGAGUGGUUGAAAAACAAGUUUUAAUGAUUCCAAACUAAGUGUAUGUAAACUUCCGACUUCAACUGUAUGUGACUUCUGAAGGUAAUUGGUUGCACCAGAUCUUAUUUAGGGGCUUCAUAGCAAAGGGGGUAAAUACAUAUGCACGCACCACUUUUCUGUUAUUUAUUUUUUAGAAUUUUUUGAAACAAGUUAUUUUUUUCAUUUCAUGAAAUCCAAAUAAAAAUCAAUUUAAAUUACAGGUUGUAAUGCAACAAAAUAGGAAAAACUCCAAGGGGGAUUAAUACUUUUGCAAGGCACUGUACAGUGGGGAAAAAAAGUAUUUAGUCAGUCACCAAUUGUGCAAGUUCUCCCACUUAAAAAGAUGAGAGAGGCCUGUAAUUUUCAUCAUAGGUACACGUCAACUAUGACAGACAAAUUGAGAAGAAAAAAAUCCAGAAAAUCACAUUGUAGGAUUUUUAAUGAAUUUAUUUGCAAAUUAUGGUGGAAAAUAAGUAUUUGGUCACCUACAAACAAGCAAGAUUUCUGGCUCUCACAGACCUGUAACUUAUUCUUUAAGAGGCUCCUCUGUCCUCCACUCGUUACCUGUAUUAAUGGCACCUGUUUGAACUUGUUAUCAGUAUAAAAGACACCUGUCCACAACCUCAAACAGUCACACUCCAAACUCCACUAUGGCCAAGACCAAAGAGCUGUCAAAGGACACCAGAAACUAAAUUGUAGACCUGCACCAGGCUGGGAAGACUGAAUCUGCAAUAGGUAAGCAGCUUGGUUUGAAGAAAUCAACUGUGGGAGCAAUUAUUAGGAAAUGGAAGACAUACAAGACCACUGAUAAUCUCCCUCGAUUUGGGUCUCCACGCAAUAUCUCACCCCGUGGGGUCAAAAUGAUCACAAGAACGGUGAGCAAAAAUCCCAGAACCACAUGGGGGGACCUAGUGAAUGACCUGCAGAGAGCUGGGACCAAAGUAACAAAGCCUACCAUCAGUAACACACUACGCCGCCAGGGACUCAAAUACUGCAGUGCUAGACGUGUCCCCCUGCUUAAACCAGUACAUGUCCAGGCCCGUCUGAAGUUUGCUAGAGUGCAUUUGGAUGAUCCAGAAGAGGAUUGGGAGAAUGUCAUAUGGUCAGAUGAAACCAAAAUAUAAAUUUUUGGUAAAAACUCAACUCAUCGUGUUUGGAGGACAAAGAAUGCUGAGUUGCAUCCAAAGAACACCAUACCUACUGUGAAGCAUGGGGGUGGAAACAUCGUGCUUUGGGGCUGUUUUUCUGCAAAGGGACCAGGACGACUGAUCCGUGUAAAGGAAAGAAUGAAUGGGGCCAUGUAUCGUGAGAUUUUGAGUGAAAACCUCCUUCCAUCAGCAAGGGCAUUGAAGAUUAAACGUGGCUGGGUCUUUCAGCAUGACAAUGAUCCCAAACACACCGCCCGGGCAACGAAGGAGUGGCUUCGUAAGAAGCAUUUCAAGGUCCUGGAGUGGCCUAGCCAGUCUCCAGAUCUCAACCCCAUAGAAAAUCUUUGGAGGGAGUUGAAAGUCCGUGUUGCCCAGCGACAGCCCCAAAACAUCACUGCUCUAGAGGAGAUCUGCAUGGAGGAAUGGGCCAAAAUACCAGCAACAGUGUGUGAAAACCUUGUGAAGACUUACAGAAAAUGUUUGACCUGUGUCAUUGCCAACAAAGGGUAUAUAACAAAGUAUUGAGAAACUUUUGUUAUUGACCAAAUACUUAUUUUCCACCAUAAUUUGCAAAUAAAUUCAUUAAAAAUCCUACAAUGUGAUUUUCUGGAGAGAAAAAAAUCUCAUUUCGUCUGUCAUAGUUGACGUGUACCUAUGAUGAAAAUUACAGGCCUCUCUCAUCUUUUUAAGUGGGAGAACUUGCACAAUUGGUGGCUGACUAAAUACUUUUUUCCCCACUGUAUGUGGGCAACCGCGGCAUUCAAACGAGGCUGCGAUGAAAACUAAUGGGACUGUAGCGACUGUGUUGGCAUCAAAAUCCGGGGUGUGAGCUAAAUUUAGAUUCAGCGUUGAUUGACAUGGUAAUGGACCAAUAGUAUUGGAGAAAAGUUGAAAAAACUGACCCCGGCUGACGCUGUACGUUAAAGUGUGACAUGUCACGACGUAACGUACGGCAUGCAUUAUUCAACUCAUUCUGUGCCAUACAGCCUCUUUCCACCAGGUGUGUCGCUUCUCUCGCAGAUUAAAAACAAGAAAUGAUCAAUGGUGAGUGUAAUGGUGAGUGUAAAGUUGAUUACUUGUGAGUUCAUCAAUAGUUAAUUCAAUCAAUUGUUAAUUUUUCGCGUAAUCACUGCGAGCCAUAUUGACUCUCAGAAACCGUGACACCCACAGUUUAAUUGUGAAGAUAAAUGUAGCGCUGCCCUAAAAACCCUAUUGAAAUUCGACAAACCUUCAAAUAGGUAUGUAAUGAGUCAUUAUAUAAACUCUUAUAGUCUUUUAUUUACAUUUUAGAGGUGAUAAAUUGGACAAAUCGGGUGAAAUUAGCCAGUUCCCCACACAACAUAUCUUCCCCUUUCACUAUGACGCAGUAGCUUUCACUUCCCCACCCAUCAUUUUUAAAAUGACCCGGCGGACCUCCAUUGCUUUCUUCAAUCAUGCAGAGAAGGGCAGCAUGAAGGUCUCGUCAUUGAUUUUGCUGAAGAGGAGAGAAAUUGUGCUUUACAAUGGUAUUCAUAUUACAGUUGAUCUGGAAGUAUUAUGUUUUUGGGGCGCUAAAAUAAGGUGAAAUGUAAGGAACAGCGCGAUGAACAAAAGUGCAUUAGCAACCGUUAAAUGUUAAAAAAAAAAACUGUUGAUUUCACAGGUUAAAAAAGGAACAGAAAGGAAUGAUAUAAACCAGUACUUUUUUUUCGUUUGAACCGGUUCAGAACUUUAUUUUGCUGGUCAGAACAGUGGAAUGGAACAAAAAAAAUAGUGGUUCUGUUCAGAAUGAAACGAUUGGAAAAUAAUUCUGGUUCCAACCCCUGGUUUAAAGUAGGCCAGAAAACAGUUGCUGGGGAAAUGAUGCCAAAACGGUGUAAAAGAGUUAAAACUAUCAGCUAUAUAAACCAGCGCUAGCCUUUGUGUUGGUAGAAUACUUUAUCUAACCAAUCCUACUUCUCCCAAUCCUUCAUCCUCCUCUCGCUCUCUCUCCAUCCCCCUCUUCCCUCUCUCCUCAGCCCCUGUGGAGGUUCACUGAGGUGCCCCCCGAUGGUCGUCUGUUGGUAUACCGCUCUGAGGACAUCAAGAACCUCAGUCGCCUGGCCUCGCCCAAGGUGUGUGGAUACGUCCACGCUGGGGCCCAGGACCUGCUGCCAGAGGCCGCCAGAGGUGGAGAGGCACAGGAGGGUAAGAUGGAGUGUGUGUGUUCGACAGUAUAGGCCUACAUACAGAGUAGGAGACACCCCAUUUGUAUAUGUUUCAUAUGCAUAGACCGAGUGCUUAUGUGUGGUGUAAAAAAGUGUGUAGGAGUCAGAAACAUUAGAAGCUACCUUAUACAACCUUACAGUGUGAGGAGGUAGGGAGGAAGAUGAUUCCUGGAGGAGGAGAGGAAGCAGUAGGUUGGUGGGCGCCCAUUCUAUCUUGUCCCCACACAGCCUCACAAUUAAUAAAAACCUUUCAUGUCUAAAACCUAUGUUCCAUACAUAGACUGGCAACAGGGUGUUAUAUAAAGCUCCGAUUCCUUUGUGCUGCCUGUCAAAUGUAAAGCUCAUUAGAAUGACAAUGACCUGGGGGAAAUCUGAAGGCGCUCAAGACAAUGUCCUCUAUUCAAAAAACUAUGUGGAAAAUCAGGUGAAGGAUCUCCACAGAAGAAGUAGAAUUCAUGUGAGCUGUUGUAUGUAAUAAGGGGGGGGGGGGACUACAGUGUGAGUCUCUGUGAGGAAAGGGGGGGGGGGGGGGGGAGCCAUAGUCGGUACACCCACACGCUGUGGUUCGUUACGGAAGAAUCUGAGGUCUUGUGGAGGGAAGGAGAGCACAUAUGACUGACUUGUUUUGUGGGGGGGCUGACUGUGGUUUGUAGCCUAUGAUACACCAGGCCCACUCAAAAUGGAUGUAGUCAUAAGGGAAAGGGAAUUAACAUACAUUUAGUUAGUCUGAAUUGACACCUGCUGUACAGUGUGGCUUCUGAGUUGGGCAGAAGCUAUUAUUCUACAGAUGGAAUAACCUGUGAAAUAAAGGUGAAUUUGAAAUAAGGGUUAAUAAAAACAUUUAUUCCAGAAGAAUUGCUUUGCUAUUUUGAUUACGGAUUAUUGUGAUGAUGAAUCCUACAAGCCACAGCCAGUCUUCCUCAUCAUAGAAUAAGUGAUGUUGAUUCAUUUUACCAAACACAAAGUUGGAAAAAUGACAGUUCUGGAAAUUACUCUAUAAUAAAGGCUUCAUCAGCUAGGCCUAUAUCUUUCAUUUUAAUUUUAGUCGUAUGAACAAAUAUAGUAUACUGCUUCUAAUCAGUUCAUAGGCAAACAAAAACUAAAUGUGAAAACAAGGGUACUGAACAGUUGGAACUGAAGUGCUGGCCUCAUUCAUUCAUUCUCCUACCUGUGACUUCCUACAGUGUUUCUCUCUCUCUCUCUCCUUCCUCCUCCAUCAUAGAUUCCCUCCACAUAGAGAAGAGAGCGACCCACAACCACAAGAAGAACACCUGUCCUCUAGCCCUGGUGGCUGACUACCGCUUCUUCAAACACAUGGGGCGUGGAGAGGAGAGCAUCACACUCAACUACCUGGUGAGAGUCCCAAAAUAAUCGCAGCCAGUUUCUGGGCAAGUCUAUGGGCCAACUGUUUCUUCCCCUUCCCCAAAUUAGAAAGAUGUGAGUACCUGUUAAAUCGUGAUUUGUCUAAAUGAUCAGUGACAAAAAAUCUGCGUUCCACGAAAUGAGUCCCUUUUUGGUAGUGUAACUUGAUUAAUGAAAAAAAUCUGUUUUAUUUAACCUGAUUUUAACAUUCUGUCAUGGUGAGAACAACCUAAUAAAACACGUAUAAAUAUAUAAAGAAUGCUAUAGUAAGUGCCUAUUAUGUACCAAAUAAAGCUUUAAUAUUGCAGAUUGUGGGUUCUAUCAAUUUAAUUGUUUGUAUCAUUUCUAAUCCCCUUUUAUUUAUUUCUACUUUCCCCCCCAACCCUACCAUCCCUACACUGAUUGGAGUAAACUAAGGGACAACAAUACUUAAUGUACCCAUUAUAUGUAGUUAAAUAAUCAUACAUGUAUUCCUAUUUUCUUCUUUCUGCAAGUGCUGGAUUUUCACCCACAGCGGCCAAUCCACCAUUCAUUGUAAUUUUAACUCCAACCCUCUGAUGUCCACAGAUUAACCCAUCUCCCAGUAUAAUGCCAUUUAGCAAUUUCCUUUUGCAAUACAUCCCUUCAUUUUACUAUGAUAUCUUACGAGGGUCCUGAACCUCCUAGUUUGUAACAUUUCUACCUAUAUUGCUCUACAUACACUACCGUUCAAAAGUUUGGGGUCACUUAGAAAUGUCCUUGUUUUUGAAAGAAAAGCAAUUUUUUUGUCCAUUAAAAUAACAUCAAAUUGAUCAGAAAUACAGUGUAGACAUUGUUAAUGAUGUAAAUGGCUAUUGUAGCUGGAAACGUCUGAUUUUUAAUGGAAUAUCUACAGUGGGGGAAAAAAGUAUUUAGUCAGCCACCAAUUGUGCAAGUUCUCCCACUUAAAAAGAUAAGAGAGGCCUGUAAUUUUCAUCAUAGGUACACGUCAACUAUGACAGACAAAAUUAGAAAAAAAAAUCCAGAAAAUCACAUUGUAUGAUUUUUUAUGAAUUUAUUUGCAAAUUAUGGUGGAAAAUAAGUAUUUGGUCAAUAACAAAAGUUUCUCAAUACUUUGUUAUAUACCCUUUGUUGGCAAUGACACAGGUCAAAUGUUUUCUGUAAGUCUUCACAAGGUUUUCACACACUGUUGCUGGUAUUUUGGCCCAUUCCUCCAUGCAGAUCUCCUCUAGAGCAGUGAUGUUUUGGGGCUGUCGCUGGGCAACACGGACUUUCAACUCCCUCCAAAGAUUUUCUAUGGGGUUGAGAUCUGGAGACUGGCUAGGCCACUCCAGGACCUUGAAAUGCUCAGUCGUCCUGGUUCCUUUGCAGAAAAACAGCCCCAAAGCAUGAUGUUUCCACCCCCAUGCUUCACAGUAGGUAUGGUGUUCUUUGGAUGCAACUCAGCAUUCUUUGUCCUCCAAACACGACGAGUUGAGUUUUUACCAAAAAGUUCUAUUUUGGUUUCAUCUGACCAUAUGACAUUCUCCCAAUCCUCUUCUGGAUCAUCCAAAUGCACUCUAGCAAACUUCAGACGGGCCUGGACAUGUACUGGCUUAAGCAGGGGGACACGUCUGGCACUGCAGGAUUUGAGUCCCUGGCGGCGUAGUGUGUUACUGAUGGUAGGCUUUGUUACUUUGGUCCCAGCUCUCCGCAGGUCAUUCACUAGGUCCCCCAGUGUGGUUCUGGGAUUUUUGCUCACCGUUCUUGUGAUCAUUUUGACCCCACGGGGUGAGAUCUUGCGUGGAGCCCCAGAUCGAGGGAGAUUAUCAGUGGUCUUGUAUGUCUUCCAUUUCCUAAUAAUUGCUCCCACAGUUGAUUUCUUCAAACCAAGCUGCUUACCUAUUGCAGAUUCAGUCUUCCCAGCCUGGUGCAGGUCUACAAUUUUGUUUCUGGUGUCCUUUGACAGCUCUUUGGUCUUGGCCAUAGUGGAGUUUGGAGUGUGACUGUUUGAGGUUGUGGACAGGUGUCUUUUAUACUGAUAACAAGUUCAAACAGGUGCCAUUAAUACAGGUAACGAGUGGAGGACAGAGGAGCCUCUUAAAGAAUAAGUUACAGGUCUGUGAGAGCCAGAAAUCUUGCUUGUUUGUAGGUGACCAAAUACUUAUUUUCCACCAUAAUUUGCAAAUAAAUUCAUUAAAAAUCCUACAAUGUGAUUUUCUGGAUUUUUUUUCUCUCAAUUUGUCUGUCAUAGUUGACGUGUACCUAUGAUGACAAUUACAGGCCUCUCUCAUCUUUUUAAGUGGGAGAACUUGCACAAUUGGUGGCUGACUAAAUACUUUUUGGGGGAUUGGAAAUGAUGCAGACAAUUACAUUACAAUAUCUUCAAUAUUAAAGAUGAUCUACCCCCUAAAAAUAAAGAAAGACAUCCUCCGGCGAUUUUUGAACUUUUACUGUUGAAAAGCAAUAUCUCAAGUAUAAAUACUGUAGGUACACACACUAAAGGGUAAAAAAUAUGUUUUGAGAAUAAUAGUGGUUUUUGGACACAAAUGCAAACUUCAAGGAGUAGGGCAUUCAAGGAGUUGGUCUGGUGGGGAUUUGUGAUGUCAUCGCCUUCCCCCUUGCUUGAGGAACAAUGAGUGUACAAAACUCUUUCCAUGACACUGUGUAGAGUCCAUGCCCUGACGAAUUGAGGCUGUUUUGAGGGCAAAAGGGGGUGCAACUCAACAUUAGGGUGGUGUUCCUAAUGUUUUGUACACAGUGUAUGGUAGGUAGAUCUGAGGAGAUCGGAUAUGUUGAAGUCAUGUGGUCAGAAUUUCAUCGAGCCUAUCAGAGGGUAAGGUGGCGCUAUUAGCUAUCCAUCAUUAUGCCGAUACCUCACAGGAGGCUGCUGAGGGGAGGACGGCUCAUUAUAAUGGCCGGAACGGCACAAAUGGAAUAACAUCAAACACCUGGAAACCAUGUGUUUGAUGUAUUUGUUACCAUUUCACUAAUUCCGCUCCAGUCAUUACCACAAGCCUGUUUCUCCCCAAUUAAGGUGCCACCAACCUCCUGUGCAAUACCUACUCAAUGCUUUUAGACCAGGGGUGUCAAACGCAUUCCAUGGAGGGCCUAAACUGUGUUUGAAUAUCCAUACUAACAUACUGUAUACUACGUACUUAAUGAGUAUAUACUACAUACUAUAUAUUAUUAGUUCAUUUUAGUAUACUGUAAACUAACAGUAUCCUUUCAGUUGAGUGUACUAGCGCUUCACCUGUCUACCGGAAGUUGAUGCUGUUGCUAUGCAACAUCUUGCUAGCUUGUUAGCAUAACAAAUGACUAACUAGACAGCUCAUUAACAAUAUCCAUUGAGAACGCACAACGACUAUACCACUUAGCUAAGACAAGAAUGUUGGGUAGUUAGUUAGUUAGUUAGUUAGCAUAUAGUUAAUACUGUGUACUGGCAAGUUCGAUUUAUUAGUAGCCAACUAACGUUAAGUAGCUAGCCAACUAUACCGGUACAUACAAGCAACUGCUGUAAUGAUAUGCUAUGCGGUUCGUAAGGCUAGCGUAGCUAACAAAUUGUCAGCCAACAUAACGUGUAACGUAACUUAUUUGAAAAGUCAUUACUUUAUUACAUUGCUCAACAUUUUCUUAACAUUUGUCAUAAUUAGUAAAAGCAAUGAAUUUGUAUCCGCUCUCGUCGGACUUCGGCUGCAUAUUUUCUGCCAUUUUCUUCAAAUCUGAAAAUGUUGUGAAGCUACGCCCAUUUUCUGAACAAUUGCAUUAUACAUUUACAUUUACGUCAUUUAGCAGACGCUCUUAUCCAGAGCGACUUACAGUUAUUGAGUGUAUACAUUUUCAUACUGGCCCCCCGUGGGAAUCGAACACACAACCCUGGUGUUGCAAACGCCAUGCUCUACCAACUGAGCUACAUCCCUGCCAGCCAUUCCCUCCCCUACCCUGGACGACGCCGGGCCAAUUGUGCGCCGCCCCAUGGGUCUCCCGGUCGCGGCCGGCUACGACAGAGCCUGGAUUCGAACCAGGAUCUCUAGUGGCACAGCUAACACUGCGAUGCAGUGCCUUAGACCAAUGCGCCACUCGGGAGACAUUAUGGGCCCUAAAAGCACAGAAAUAGUGUCCACUGCUUGUAUACUUCGUAUUUUGGCGAAUGUAGUACGACAUCCGGGAACUUUUGGCAUACUAACUAUAUUUACAUUUUUCAUUUAAGUCAUUUAGCAGACGCUCUUAUCCAGAGCGACUUACAAAUUGGUGCAUUCAACUUAGGAUAGCCAGUGGGACAACCACCCUUUUUUUGUUUUCAUUUUUUUUAUGGGGGGGGGUAGAAGGAUUACUGUUAUACUAUUCCAGGUAUUCCUUAAAGAGGUAGGGUUUCAAGUGUCUCCGGAAGGUGGUCAGUGACUCCGCUGUCCUGGCGUCGUGGGGGAGCUUGUUCCACCAUUGGGGUGCCAGAGCAGCGAAUAGCUUUGACUGGGCUGAGCAGGAACUGUGCUUCCGUAGAGGUAGGGGGACUAGCAGGCCAGAGGUGGAUGAACGUAGUGCCCUCGUUUGGGUGUAGGGUCUGAUCAGAGCCAGUAUAUCCAUACUAUGACCAAUAAGCAUACUACAUACUCAAUUUACGUCACAAAUAGUACGCUUAGUGGGGUUAGUAUGAGUUUUCGAACACAACUAGUGUCUGCUGGUUUUUGUUUCUAUUCCUUUCAAUGAAGACCUAAACAACCAGGUGAGAGGAGUUCUAUACUAAUUAGUGACCUUAAUUCAUCAAUCAAGUACAAGGGAGGAGCGAAAACCUGCAGACACUCAGCCCGCUGUGGAAUGAGUUUGACACGUGUUUUAGACCUUGAUGAAGUGCCUGGAAGUAGAGUCUUGGGGUCCAUUUAGAAUUGUAUAGUGCUUCAACGAACCUCUGUACAGGGACAGGCAUCAUCUGGGUUUGUACUAAUACUGUCUGUUGUUUCACCCAGAUUGAGUUGAUUGACAGAGUGGAUGACAUGUACAGGAACACAACCUGGGAUGACGAGUUAACAGGAUACGGUGUUCAGAUCCAACAGGUGGGACUAUUUGCUAGCUGUGUGUGUGAGUUGGUAGUAGUUGUAUUGUAGUAGUAGGAGUAGUAGUAGUUAUAAGCAAAUAUUUGGCAUGUUGUUAUUUUCACUCCAAUCAUUCCAUAUCACUACUGACAACAUAACUCAGUGUGUUAUGUGUCAGUGCAGAUUUGAGAAAUGAAGCUGAACAUAACUGUAGUACCCUAAUUGAAUUUGGAAAAGCAUUUUUGGAGCAGACAGUGGAAGCUCUUUGUGUGGAAAAGCUGUUGGGGAAAUCCAAUUGGUUCCACUUGCUCUGGGAAUGAAUGGCGACACUGUGCAUCUACUAUGAAUCCACCGCUGUCUCACUGAAUACAUAUGCUGCGGUCCAUGAUCCAUAUUUUCUCCUGACCUUAAACCAAUAUAUCUUGUGCAGAGCAUUAUGGGGACUGUAGUACAUGCUGCAACCUUAACUUGGGUUUAAGAAGUUGUAAUGUCCUGGUUGUAGAUCAUCAUCAACAAGGAGCCGACCAGAGCGCCGCUUGGUCAGGCUGGGCCGGGCUGGACCCACUACAACAUGAAGGGAAGCCCCAUCCAAAGCAAGGAGGUGUGGGACGUCAAGAAACUGCUGGAGGUGAGACACUGCUACUGACCCUCCUCUACUCUAAUCUAUUCUACUCAGACACCAUUACAGAGUAUAGCCUGUACAGUGUUCUUUUGUCUGUAGGUAGGGAGGACAUUUUUUUGGGUCACUGUAUACGUUGUAGAAACUUCAAUAACAUUUCGUUGAAAGGGCCUAAACAUGACUGACAACAAACGACCUCCUCAUCAAUGGGGGAUACUUUUGACUAGUAUUUUCUUCUCAUUAAUUUUGCAAUACCUCUCUUUCUCUCCAGCAAUUUAGCACGGACAUAGCGGACAACGCUAGCACCGUGUGCCUGGCCCACCUGUUCACCUACCAGGACUUUGACGAGGGGACACUGGGCCUGGCUUACGUGGCCCCCUCUAAAGCCCAGGCUCUGGGGGGCCUCUGCCCCAAACGUAAGGCUUAGCCUCUCACAGAGGUCCUCUCAUUUUCGAUAAAAUAACUAUGAGUAGUGUUUUGAUAAUGGUGUGAUAAAUUCAUAAAACAUUGCUCCUAAAUUUCUGGUCUGAUUUCUCUUUUUGUUUUUUGCAGCUUUCUUUCCAUCUAGUUCCGUUAAGAGUCCCAUUUUCCUCAACACUGGUUUAACCAGCACCAAGAAUUAUGGCAAAACCAUUCUAACCAAGGUAGGUUCUUCAUUGAGUAUCUGAAUCCAGCCAUGCUAUUUCUAUGGUUUCUGCACCCUCUAUUGAACAAACUAGAACCAGGACUGAACAACUCCCUGUAUUACAUAAUUCAUGACAUCUUUCUGGGUCAUAGGUCAGAUGAAAGGCCCCAAGGCAGUACUCAGUCAAGAUGAUGGUUUGAGCUGUUGUCUAAUGACACUAAUGUGAUGGAUAGAAUAGUCUGUGGGGCACAUUGUGUUGGGUCAUGGGUUGAGCAGGUAGCGGUAUGCAUCAUAUGACUAAUAUUAAUGCCUUACAAGACCCUCUUUAAGUCACUGCUCCUCAGAUAUCCUACAUGCUUUUACAGUGAGGGAAAAAAGUAUUUGAUCCCCUGCUGAUUUUGUACGUUUGCCCACUGACAAAGACAUGAUCAGUCUAUAAUUUCAAUGGUAGGUUUACUUGAACAGUGAGAGACAGAAUAACAACAAAAAAAUCCAGAAACACGCAUGUCAAAAAUGUUAUAAAUUGAUUUGCAUUUUAAUGAGGGAAAUAAGUAUUUGACCCCCUCUCAAUCAGAAAGAUUUCUGGCUCCCAGGUGUCUUUUAUACAGGUAACGAGAUUAGGAGCACACUCUUAAAGGGAGUGCUCCUAAUCUCAGUUUGUUAACUGUAUAAAAGACACCUGUCCACAGAAGCAAUCAAUCAAUCAGAUUCCAAACUCUCCACCAUGGCCAAGACCAAAGAGCUCUCCAAGGAUGUCAGGGACAAGAUUGUAGACCUACACAAGGCUGGAAUGGGCUACAAGACCAUCGCCAAGCAGCUUAGUGAGAAGGUGACAACAGUUGGUGCGAUUAUUCGCAAAUGGAAGAAACACAAAAUAACUGUCAAUCUCCCUCAGCCUGGGGCUCCAUGCAAGAUCUCACCUCGUGGAGUUGCAAUGAUCAUGAGAACGGUGAGGAAUCAGCCCAGAACUACACGGGAGGAUCACCAAGAAAACAAUUGGUAACACACUACGCCCUGAAGGACUGAAAUCCUGCAGCGCCCGCAAGGUCCCCCUGCUCAAGAAAGCACAUAUACAGGCCCGUCUGAAGUUUGCCAAUGAACAUCUGAAUGAUUCAGAGGAGAACUGGGUGAAAGUGUUGUGGUCAGAUGAGACCAAAAUGGAGCUCUUUGGCAUCAACUCAACUCGCCGUGUUUGGAGGAGGAGGAAUGCUGCCUAUGACCCCAAGAACACCAUCCCCACCGUCAAACAUGGAGGUGGAAACAUUAUGCUUUGGGGGUGUUUUUCUGCUAAGGGGACAGGACAAUUUCACCGCAUCAAAGGGACGAUGGACGGCGCCAUGUACCAUCAAAUCUUGAGUGAGAACCUCCUUCCCUCAGCCAGGGCAUUAAAAAUGGGUCGUGGAUGGGUAUUCCAGCAUGACAAUGACCCAAAACACACGGCCAAGGCAACAAAGGAGUGGCUCAAGAAGAAGCAUAUUAAGGUCCUGGAGUGGCCUUGCCAGUCUCCAGACCUUAAUCCCAUAGAAAAUCUGUGGAGGGAGCUGAAGGUUCGAGUUGCCAAACGUCAGCCUCGAAACCUUAAUGACUUGGAGAAGAUCUGCAAAGAGGAGUGGGACAAAAUCCCUCCUGAGAUGUGUGCAAACCUGGUGGCCAACUACAAGAAACGUCUGACCUCUGUGAUUGCCAACAAGGGUUUUGCCACCAAGUACUAAGUCAUGUUUUUCAGAGGGGUCAAAUACUUAUUUCCCUCAUUAAAAUGGAAAUCAAUUCAUAACAUUUUUGACAUGCGUUUUUCUGGAUUUUGUUGUUGUUAUUCUGUCUCUCACUGUUCAAAUAAACCUACCAUUAAAAUUAUAGACUGAUCAUUUCUUUGUCAGUGGGCAAACGUACAAAAUCAGCAGGGGAUCAAAUACUUUUUUCCCUCACUGUAUAUCCCAAAGAUAACAGAUUAUGUAAUAAUUUCUUUAUUAUUGUAUUAAUUGUUGGAAGUCACUGUAUGGUUUCCAAGCAUUAAAAGUUUUUUUUCUUUUUUUUCCCACCACCAGGAAGCAGAUUUGGUGACAACCCAUGAGCUGGGCCACAACUUUGGAGCUGAGCACGAUCCUGACAACAUCCACUACUGCGCCCCUAGCGAUGAACACGGGGGCAAGUUUGUCAUGAACCCCAUUGCUGUGAGCGGGGACCACUACAACAACAAGGUAAUGCUCUUGUGUGCCUCAAAUCUUCUGUCAAAUGACUCAUAUGCUCACAUGACAUUUACCUUCUAUUCUUUCCUUUACGUUUGUCUUCUCCCCACAGCGAUUCUCCAACUGCAGUAAGAUAUCCAUAGGGAAGACGCUGCGCUUCAAGGCUCCCAUCUGCUUCAAGGAGAGGAACAGCAAUGUGUGUGGGAACUCGCGCGUGGAGGAGGGGGAGGAGUGCGACCCGGGCCUGCUGCACCUCAACGACGACCAGUGCUGCUCCGCCGACUGCAAGUUCAGGCCUGAGUCCCAGUGCAGGUAGAAACCCGCCACGCAUGGCCCAAAAUGGCCACCUCUGAGUGCAGUAAUUAAUAUGAUAAGAUGACAUUUACAAGGGCUUCGGUGAAUUCCUGCCUUUCUUUACUUACUGGCUGACUUUAUUGUCCCCUUGGGGAAAUUUAGUUUGCGGCGUCAUGUACAAGUUACAACAUGUUUACAUACAGAAUCAUGUCAAUUUCAUAAUAUACAGUAAACUAAUAAAGUCAACUGACAUUGAUACCCCACUGACAUUGCAGUUAUUUUGUGUGUGUUUAAAGGCCCAAUGCAGUCAAAAACGUGAUUUCCCUGUGUUCUAUAUACAUUUCCACACUGCGGUUGGAAUAAUACUGUGAAAUUGUGAAAAUUAUGAUAAUGCCCUUUUAGUGUAAAAGCUGUUUGAAAAGACAGCCUGAAAUCUUUGCCUGUUUUGACUUGCCCGGUGACAUCACCAGGCGGUAAAUUAGUUAAUAGACCAAUAAGAAAGAGAGUUCCAAACCUCUCUGCCAAGAACAGGUCGUUUUCAGUUUUCCCUUCCCCACUCAGACCACUCCCGAACAGUCCUAGCAAAAUUCUUGCUUGAGAAAUUACUCUUUGCUAAGAAGCUAUUUAUGUUUAUUUUUGACCAUUUUAAUUGAAAACAAUCACAGGAAGGUACUUCGUUGUUACCCAGAAAACAUUUGAUAUUGAGAUAGGAACGGCUGCAUUGGACCUUGAACAUGGUAUCCAGUAGCCUACCUCUCUAUCAUCACCAUGCCAGUGCAUAUACACUACUAUGCUGUGUAAACUGAAGUUAUCGUUUUCUAUGUCCGGGUACAUCCAGUGACAGGAACAGUCCAUGCUGUAAGAACUGCAAGUUUGAGCAGGCAGGCAAGACAUGCCAGGAGCCCAUCAACGCCACCUGUAAGGGCAUGUCCUUCUGCACAGGUAAACCUCCCCUACUGUACAUACACAGGAUAGCCACGACUAGACGGACAGUUGGGAUUUAUUUUCGAUUUAUCAUUGCUGCUUUGUAAUACAGGGCUCCCUUGUAAAAUAUAUUUUGUUCUCAAUGGGACUCACCCCUGCUUAAAGAAAGGUUAAAUAAAAAAUAAAUACAGUGGGGGAAAAAAGUAUUUAGUCAGCCACCAAUUGUGCAAGUUCUCCCACUUAAAAAGAUGAGAGAGGCCUGUAAUUUUCAUCAUAGGUACACGUGAACUAUGACAGCCAAAAUGAGAAAAAAAAAUCCAGAAAAUCACAUUGUAGGAUUUUUUAUGAAUUUAUUUGCAAAUUAUGGUGGAAAAUAAGUAUUUGGUCACCUACAAACAAGCAAGAUUUCUGGCUCUCACAAACCUGUAACUUCUUCUUUAAGAGGCUCCUCUGUCCUCCACUCGUUACCUGUAUUAAUGGCACCUGUUUGAACUUGUUAUCAGUAUAAAAGACACCUGUCCACAACCUCAAACAGUCACACUCCAAACUCCACUAUGGCCAAGACCAAAGAGCUGUCAAAGGACACCAGAAACUAAAUUGUAGACCUGCACCAGGCUGGGAAGACUGAAUCUGCAAAAGGUAAGCAGCUUGGUUUGAAGAAAUCAACUGUGGGAGCAAUUAUUAGGAAAUGGAAGACAUACAAGACCACUGAUAAUCUCCCUCGAUCUGGGGCUCCACGCAAGAUCUCACCCUGUGGGGUCAAAAUGAUCACAAGAACGGUGAGCAAAAAUCCCAGAACCACACGGGGGGACCUAGUGAAUGACCUGCAGAGAGCUGGGACCAAAGUAACAAAGCCUACCAUCAGUAACACACUACGCCGCCAGGGACUCAAAUCCUGCAGUGCCAGACGUGUCCCCCUGCUUAAGCCAGUACAUGUCCAGGCUGAAGUUUGCUAGAGUGCAUUUGGAUGAUCCAGAAGAGGAUUGGGAGAAUGUCAUAUGGUCAGAUGAAACCAAAAUAGAACUUUUUGGUAAAAACUCAACUCGUCGUGUUUGGAGGACAAAGAAUGCUGAGUUGCAUCCAAAGAACACCAUACCUACUGUGAAGCAUGGGGGUGGAAACAUCAUGCUUUGGGGCUGUUUUUCUGCAAAGGGACCAGGACGACUGAUCCGUGUAAAGGAAAGAAUGAAUGGGGCCAUGUAUUGUGAGAUUUUGAGUGAAAACCUCCUUCCAUCAGCAAGGGCAUUGAAGAUGAAACGUGGCUGGGUCUUUCAGCAUGACAAUGAUCCCAAACACACCGUCCGGGCAACGAAGGAGUGGCUUCGUAAGAAGCAUUUCAAGGUCCUGGAGUGGCCUAGCCAGUCUCCAGAUCUCAACCCCAUAGAAAAUCUUUGGAGGGAGUUGAAAGUCUGUGUUGCCCAGCGACAGCCCCAAAACAUCACUGCUCUAGAGGAGAUCUGCAUGGAGGAAUGGGCCAAAAUACCAGCAACAGUGUGUGAAAACCUUGUGAAGACGUACAGAAAACGUUUGACCUGUGUCAUUGCCAACAAAGGGUAUAUAACAAAGUAUUGAGAAACUUUUGUUAUUGACCAAAUACUUAUUUUCCACCAUAAUUUGCAAAUAAAUUCAUAAAAAAUCCUACAAUGUGAUUUUCUGGAUUUUUUUUUCUCAUUUUGGCUGUCAUAGUUCACGUGUACCUAUGAUGAAAAUUACAGGCCUCUCUCAUCUUUUUAAGUGGGAGAACUUGCACAAUUGGUGGCUGACUAAAUACUUUUUCCCCCACUGUAUGCUCCAAUUUAACCUGACAACGAAUCAUUAUCUGCUACAGUGAGGGAAAAAAGUAUUUGAUCCCCUGCUGAUUUUGUACGUUUGCCCACUGACAAAGAAUUGAUCAGUCUAUAAUUUUAAUGGUAGGUUUAUUUGAACAGUGAGAUACAGAAUAACAACAAAAAACUCCAGAAAAACGCAUGUAAAAAAUGUUAUGAAUUGAUUUGCAUUUUAAUGAGGGAAAUAAGUAUUUGACCCCUCUGAAAAACAUGACUUAGUACUUGGUGGCAAAACCCUUGUUGGCAAUCACAGAGGUCAGACGUUUCUUGUAGUUGGCCACCAGGUUUGCACACAUCUCAGGAGGGAUUUUGUCCCACUCCUCUUUGCAGAUCUUCUCGAAGUCAUUAAGGUUUCGAGGCUGACUUUGGCAACUCGAACCUUCAGCUCCCUCCACAGAUUUUCUAUGGGAUUAAGGUCUGGAGACUGGCUAGGCCACUCCAGGACCUUAAUGUGCUUCUUCUUGAGCCACUCCUUUGUUGCCUUGGCCGUGUGUUUUGGGUCAUUGUCAUGCUGGAAUACCCAACCACGACCCAUUUUCAAUGCCCUGGCUGAGGGAAGGAAGUUCUCACCCAAGAUUUGACAGUACAUGGCCCCGUCCAUCGUCUCUUUGAUGCGGUGAAGUUGUACUGUCCCUUUAGCAGAAAAACACCCCCAAAGCAUAAUGUUUCCACCUCCAUGUUUGACGGUGGGGAUGGUGUUCUUGGGGUCAUAGGCAGCAUUCCUCCUCCUCCAAACACGGCGAGUUGAGUUGAUGCCAAAGAGCCCCAUUUUGGUCUCAUCUAACCACAACACUUUCACCCAGUUCUCCUCUGAAUCAUUCAGAUGUUCAUUGGCAAACUUCAGACGUGCAUGUAUAUGUGCUUUCUUGAGCAGGGGGACCUUGCGGGCGCUGCAGGAUUUCAGUCCUUCACGGCGUAGUGUGUUGCCAAUUGUUUUCUUGGUGACUAUGGUCCCAGCUGCCUUGAGAUCAUUGACAAGAUCCUCCCGUGUAGUUCUGGGCUGAUUCCUCACCGUUCUCAUAAUCAUUUCAACUCCACGAGGUGAGAUCUUGCAUGGAGCCCCAGGCCGAGGGAGAUUGACAGUUCUUUUGUGUUUCUUCCAUUUGCGAAUAAUCGCACCAACUGUUGUCACCUUCUCACCAAGCUGCUUGGCGAUGGUCUUGUAGCCCAUUCCAGCCUUGUGUAGGUCUAUAAUCUUGUCCCUGAUAUCCUUGGAGAGCUCUUUGGUCUUGGCCAUGGUGGAGAGUUUGGAAUCUGAUUGAUUCAUUGCUUCUGUGGACAGGUGUCUUUUUAUACAGGUAACAAGCUGAGAUUAGGAGCACUCCCUUUAAGAGUGUGCUCCUAAUCUCAGCUCGUUACCUGUAUAAAAGACACCUGGGAGCCAGAAAUCUUUCUGAUUGAGAGGGGGUCAAAUACUUAUUUCCCUCAUUAAAAUGCAAAUCAAUUUAUAACAUUUUUGACAUGCGUUUUUCUGGAUUUUUUGUUUGUUAUUCUGUCUCUCACUGUUCAAAUAAACCUUCCAUUAAAAUUAUAGACUGAUCAUUUCUUUGUCAGUGUGCAAACGUACAAAAUCAGCAGGGGAUCAAAUACUUUUUUCCCUCACUGUAUGUACAGUAUCUCACAAAAGUGAGUACACACCUCACAUUUUUGUAAAUAUUUGAGUGUAUCUUUUCAUGUGACAACACUGAAGAAAUGACACUUUGCUACAAUGUAAAGUAGUGAGUGUAGAGCUUGUAUAACAGUGUAAAUUUGCUGUCCCCUCAAAAUAACUCAACACACAGCCAUUAAUGUCUAAACCGCUGGCAACAAUGUGAGUACACCCCUAAGUGAAAAUGUCAAAAUUGGGCCCAAUUAGCCAUUUUCCCUCCUGGUGUCAUGUGACUCGUUAGUGUUACAAGGUUUCAGGUGUGAAUGGGGAGCAGUUGUGUUAAAUUUGGUGUCAUCGCUCUCACACUCCCUCAUACUGGUCACUGGAAGUUCAACAUGGCACCUCAUGGCAAAGAACUCUCUGAGGAUCUGAAAAAAAGAAUUGUUGCUCUACAUAAAGAUGGCCUGGGCUAUAAGAAGAUUGCCAAGACCCUGAAACUGAGCUGCAGCACGGUGGCCAAGACCAUACAGCGGUUUAACAGGACAGGUUCCACUCAGAACAGGCCUCGCCAUGGUCGACCAAAGAAGUUGAGUGCACGUGCUCAGCGUCAUAUCCAGAGGUUGUCUUUGGGAAAUAGACGUAUGAGUGCUGCCAGCAUUGCUGCAGAGGUUGAAGGGGUGGGGGGUCAGCCUGUCAGUGCUCAGACCAUACGCAUCAAAUUGGUCUGCAUGGCUGUCGUCCCAGAAGGAAGUCUCUUCUAAAGAUGAUGCACAAGAAAGCCUGCAAACAGUUUGCUGAAGACAAGCAGACUAAGGACAUGGAUUACUGGAACCAUGUCCUGUGGUCUGAUGAGACCAAGAUAAACUUAUUUGGUUCAGAUGGUGUCAAGCGUGUGUGGCGGCAACCAGGUGAGGGGUACAAAGACAAGUGUGUCUUGCCUACAGUCAAGCAUAGUGGUGAGAGUGUCAUGGUCUGGGGCUGCAUGAGUGCUGCCGGCACUGGGGAGCUACAGUUCAUUGAGGGAACCAUGAAUGCCAACAUGUACUGUGACAUACUGAAGCAGAGCAUGAUCCCCUCCUUUCGGAGACUGGGCCGCAGGGCAGUAUUCCAACAUGAUAACGACCCCAAACACACCUCCAAGACGACAACUGCCUUGCUAAAGAAGCUAAGGGUAAAGCUGAUGGACUGGCCAUAUUGAGCAUCUGUGGGGCAUCCUCAAACGGAAGGUGGAGGAGUGCAAGGUCUCUAACAUCCACCAGCUCCGUGAUGUCGCCAUGGAGGAGUGGAAGAGGACUCCAGUGGCAACCUGUGAAGCUCUGGUGAAAUCCAAGCCCAAGAGGGUUAAGGCAGUGCUGGAAAAUGAUGGUGGCCACAGAAAAUAUUGACACUUUGGGCCCAAUUUGGACAUUUUCACUUAGGGGUGUACUCAAUUUUGUUGCCAGCGGUUUAGACAUUAUUGGCUAUGUGUUGUGUUAUUUUGAGGGGACAGCAAAUGUACACUGUUAUACAAGCUGUACACUCACUACUUUACAUUGUAGCAAAGUGUCAUUUCUUCAGUGUUGUCACAUGAAAAGAUAUACUCAAAUAUUUACAAAAAUGUGAGGGGUGUACUCACUUUUGUGAGAUACUUAAGUGAUAUUUUGGACUAACAUCCUCUAACUGGAUAGGUCUCCAGGCCGUGCUGUUGAGACAUCAGUUGGUGUAUUUGACUGACUCACUGAGGGAGAAUCUACAUUUCUGUGAUUUCCUCUCUCCCCGCCACCUUCUCAAAACCUUAGGUAACAGCAGUGAGUGCCCAGCCCCAGACAAUGCUCUGGACAAUACCAUCUGUGUGGACAGCGGGAGGUGCAGCGACGGGGAGUGCAUGACCUUCUGUGAGGCUGUGCAGAACCUGCAACCCUGUGCUUGUAAUGGUACAACCCUCUCACAGACACACUGCUACAAUCUAGACUGACAACACUGUACAGUACCAUGGUGUACUGAUAGAAAUACAACUAUAGAGAGGCUGAAGUCUAUGUUUUCUAUCUCUAUGGGUGGACCCAAUAUCUUUGCAUUUAAAGUUAUUUGUUUUUUAUUUGAUUUGAUGCUUCAAGUUUACAUUAAUGUUCGAAACCUAAAGCCUUAAAUUUGAUUUCUGCCAAUAUACUGUACAGUGCCUUCAGAAAGUAUUCAUACCACUUGACUUAUUCCACAUGUUGUUGUGUUACAGCCUGAAUUCAAAAUAGAUUAAAUAUAUAUUUUCUCACCCAUCUACACACAAUACCCUAUAAUGACAAAGUGAAAGAAAUUAGAGAAAUUUCAGGACAUUAAUUGAAAAUGAAAUACAGAAAUCUAAUUUACAUAAGUAUUCACACCACUGAGUUAAUACUUUGUAGAAGCACCUUUGGUGGCGAUUACAGCUUUGAGUCGUGAUUUGCACAUCUGGAUUUGGGGCUUAUCUCCCGUUCUAACUUGCAGAUUUUCUUAAGCUCUGUUGUGGAGAGUGGCGGUGAACAGAAUCUUCAAGUCUUUCCACAGAUUUUCAAUGGGAUACAAGUCUGGCCUUUGGCUUUGCCACUCAAAGACUUUCACAUUGUUGUUCUGAAGCCAUUCCAGCGUUGCUUUGGCUGUAUGCUUGGGGUCAUUGUCCUGUUGGAAAGUAAAUCUUUGCCACAGUCUAAGGUUGUUUACACUCUGAAGCAGAUUCUCAUCAAGGAUUUCCCUGAAUUUGGCUCCAUUCAUUGUUCCCUCUAUCCUUACCAGUCAUCCCCAUAGCAUGAUGCUGCCACCACCAUGCUUCACGGUAGGGAUGGUUUUAGACGGGUGAUGAGCAGUGCCUGGUUUUCUCCAGACAUGGAGCUUUGCAUUCAGGCCAAAGAGUUACAUUUUUCAAUCAGACCACAAAAUCUUUUGUCUUAUGCUCUGAGUCUUUCACAUGGCUUUUUGCAAACUCCAGGUAUGCUGUAAUGUGGCUUGUUUUGGGGGGGUUGCUGUAGAGACUGUUGUCCUUCUGGCAGGUUCUCCCAUCUCAGCCAAGGAACUCUGUAGUUCUGUCAGAGUGGUCAUUGGGUUCUUGGUCACCUCCCUGACCAAGGUCCUUCUUGCCCGCAGGCUGUUUGGUCAGAUGGCCAGCUCUAAUCAGAGUCUGGAUAGUUCCAAAUGUUUUCAAUUUCCCAAUGAUGGAGACCACUGUACUCUUGAAAACUUUCCACACUCUAGAAGUUGUUUUAUACCCUUUCCCAGAUACAGUUGAAGUCGGAAGUUUACAUACACUUAGGUUGGAGUCAUUAAAACCCGUUUUUCAACCACUCCACAAAUGUCUUGUUAACAAACUAUAGUUUUGGCAAGUCGGUUUGGACAUCUACUUUGUGCAUGACACAAGUAAUUUUUCCAACAAUUGUUUACAGACAGAUUAUUUCACUUAUAAUUCACUGUAUCACAAUUCCAGUGGGUCAGAAGUUUACAUACACUAAGUUGACUGUGCCUUUUAAACAGCUUGGAAAAUUCCAGAAAAUGAUGUCAUGGCUUUAGAAGCUUCUGAUAGGCUAAUUUACAUCAUUUGAGUCAAUUGGAGGUGUACCUGUGGAUGUAUUUCAAGGCCUACCUUCAAACUCAGUGCCUCUCAUGGGAAAAUCAAAAGAAAUCAGCCAAGACCUCCACAAGUCUGGUUCAUCCUUGGGAGCAAUUUCCAAACGCCUGAAGGUACCACGUUAAUCUGAACAAACAAUAGUACGCAAGUAUAAACACCAUGGGACCGCGCAGCCGUCAUACCGCUCAGGAAGGAGACACGUUCUGUCUCCUAGAGAUGAACGUACUUUGGUGCGAAAUGUGCAAAUCAAUCCCAGAACAACAGCAAAGUACCUUGUGAAGAUGCUGGAGGAAACAGGUACAAAAGUAUCUAUAUCCACAGUAAAACGAGUGCUAUAUCGACAUAACCUGAAAGGCCGCUCAGCAAGGAAGAAGCCACUGCUCCAAAACCGCCAUUAAAAAAGCCAGACUACGGUUUGCAACUGCACAUGGGGACAAAGAUUGUACUUUUUGGAGAAAUGUCCUCUGGUCUGAUGAAACAAAAAUAGAACUGUUUGGCCAUAAUGACCAUCGUUAUGUUUGGAGGAAAAAGGGAGAUGCUUGCAAGCCGAAGGACACCAUCCCAACCGUGAAGCAAGGGGGUGGCAUCAUCAUGCUGUGGGGGUGCUUUGCUGCAGGAGGGACUGGUGCACUUCACAAAAUAAAUGGCAUCAUGAGGAAGGAAAAUUAUGUGGAUAUAUUGAAGCAACAUCUCAAGACAUCAGUCAGGAAGUUAAAGCUUGGUCGCAAAUGGGUCUUCCAAAUGGACAAUGACCCCAAGCAUACUUCCAAAGUUGUGGCAAAAUGGCUUAUGGACAACAAAGUCAAGGUAUUGGAGUGGCCAUCACAAAGCCCUGACCUCAAUCCUAAAGAAAUUGUGUGGGCAGAACUGAAAAAGCGUGUGCGAGCAAGGAGGCCUACAUACCUGACUCAGUUACACUAGCUCUGUCAGGAGGAAUGGGCCAAAAUUCACCCAACUUAUUGUUGGAAGCUUGUGGAAGGCUACCCGAAACAUUUGACCCAAGUUAAACAAUUUAAAGGCAAUGCUACCAAAUACUAAUUGAGUGUAUGUAAACUUCUGACCCACUGGGAAUGUGAUGAAAUAAAUAAAAGCUGAAAUAAAUCAUUCUCUACUAUUAUUCUGACAUUUCACAUUCUUAAAAAUAAAGUGGUGAUCCUAACUGACCUAAGACAGGGAAUUCUUAGUAGGAUUAAAUGUCAGGAAUUGUGAAAAACUGAGUUUAAAUGUAUUUGGCUAAGGUGUAUGUAAACUUCUGACUUCAACUGUAUAUGCCUCAUCACAAUUCUAUCUCAGAGAUCUACAGACAGUUCCUUGGACUUCAUGGAAUAGUUUCUGCUCUGACAUGCACUUCCAACUGUGGGACCUUGUAUAGAUAGACAGGUGUGUUUCUUUCUAAACCAUGUCCAAACAAAUGCAUUGGCCACAGGUGGACUCCUAUGAAGUUGUAGUGACAUAUCAAGGAUGAUUAAAGGAAAUUGGAUGCACCUGAGCUCAAUUUGUAGGGUCAUAACAAAGGGGUCUGAAUACUUAUGUAAAUGAGAUAUUUCUGCAUUUAAUUUUCAAUACAUUUGCUAUAAUUUCUAAAAACAUGUUUUCACUUUGUCAUUAUGGGGUAUUGUGUGUAAAUGGGUGAGGAAAAAAAUCUAUUUAAUGAAUGUUGAAUUCAGGCUGUAACACAACAAAAUGUGGAAUAAGUCAAGGGAUAUUAAUAUUUUCUGAAGGCACUGUAAAUUACAUUCGGAGAAAGAUACAGAUAAUAGUAUAGCACCAGGUUGUCUUUGAACCUAAACUGACCUCUCUUUACUCUCCCAGAGACGGACAACUCUUGUAAGGUCUGCUGCCGGGACAAAGAUGGCACCUGCACUCCCUUCGUAAAAAAGGACCGGAACUUCCUGUACCUGCGCAAGGGGAAACCCUGCACUGUGGGCUUCUGUGACGAGGGCGUGAGUGACUGACCUCUUCCUUUAGCACUGACCUUUCACCUCUACUCACACUGAAUGGACCUGGGUUGUAUUCAUAGUUUCAACACAUUUCACUUCAGUAAAUACAUUUAAAAAUAAUAAUAAAAUACAUUUUUACAUGAAGAGAACAUUUUGAAUGGAUCGUAUUGGUCCUACAGGGAGAGUUACCACUUUCUAUUUAAAUUGGCUGACAAUUAUGAUAUAUUGAUUUGUCUGUGUUUGUUUCAGGGCAAAUGCAUGAAGCAUGUCCAGGAUGUGAUCGAGAGGUUGUGGGAUUUCAUCGACAAGCUGGACAUCAACACGUUCAGUGAGUUGAAAUGCACUGUUGGAGUUGGACUAGCUUGAAGGUCUAGUUGGACUAGCUUGGAGGUCUAGUUGGACUAGCUUGGAGGUCUAGUUGGACUAGCUUGGAGGUUAUUUGAAAGGCAGGUUGGAGUUGAAGUCUUUUUCUCUCUGUUUCCCUCUUGUAGGGAAGUUCCUGGCAGACAACAUUGUGGGCUCAGUGGUGGUGUUCUCUCUGGUCUUCUGGAUCCCUCUCAGCAUCCUGGUGCACUGUGUGGUGAGACGCCUUACUGAGCCUGUCUGUCUAUACAUGUUGUUGUCCUCUGUAGCUCAGCUGGUGUAGCACGGCGCUUGCAACGCCAGGAUAGUUGGUUCGAUUCCCAGGGCCACCUAUACGUGAAAAAUGUAUGCACGCAUGACUGUAAGUCGCUUUGGAUAAAAGAGUCUUCUAAAUGGCAUGUUUUAUAAUAAUAAUAAUAAUAAUAAUAAUAAUAAUAAUAUAUAUUACUAUUAAGUAUUUGGCUUUUAAAGCCCACCUCUUGCAUGGUUGAUUAAGACACAUUGUCUAUUGCUGGUACACCUAAUGGCAUGCUUACUGUUUUGUUUCUGUAGGAUAGAAAUCUGGAGAAGGAGUACUUCGCCAGCGUAAGUCUGUCAUGUCAUAACUAGGCCAUGUACUUCCCCAACGUAAGUCCUAUGCCCUCUCAUGUUCACCACUGACCACAUGUUCUAGGUUUGAACGUUGAAGUCACACUCACUAUAACACGCUAUCCCUUUUAGAGAAGUCCUACUACUACAGAGCAUAUCACCUGCAGAUAUAUUUGCUUAAUUACAAAUCAACCCCCUUGAUCAGGGGUCUUCAACCUUUUCUUGCCCAGGGACCCCUGUCCAGGAAAGCCGGCGACCCAGGGACCACCAUCAUAUGUUAGCAAAAAAAACAGUUUUUGUCUUAUUUGUUUUCACACUGCUGCUACGCUGUUUAUUAUCACUUUACCACAGUCACUUUACCCCUACCUACAUGUACAGAUUACCUUGACUAACCUGUACCCCCGCACAUUGACUCGGUACCGGUAACCCCUGUAUAUAGCCUUGUUAUUGUUAUGUAAUUUUAUUGUGUUACUCUAUUUCUUGAACUGCAUUGUUGGUUAAGGGCUUGUAACUAAGCAUUUCACGGUAAGAUCUACACCUGUUGUAUUCGGCGCAUGUGACAAAUAAAAUUUGAUUUGAUCAUCAAGUGAAUGGCAAGGAGAAGUAAUCAACAUUUUUAAAUGAAUAGAUUUGGUAGAUAGUUUUAUUAUUUUGACCUCCCCACAUUAUAAUUGGAAGAGGAAUUGUAAACUAACAUCCUAUUAGAUAGAAAGGUAACUCAAAACACAUUUUUGCUAAGAGCAGCCAUUUAGCUGGUUAGACAAAGGUUAGGGUGAUAGAAAUCUGAAUGUAAUUUCCGAUUGAGCCGACAUAUGCAGUGUUUACCGUGAAUGCAGUCUCCGCUAACGAAGGAACAUAGACUUUAAAUUUCAAUCACGCUGUAAAACUGAACUUCUGCGAUACGGAUUAAAUAGAGUCCUAAGUCAAGAAAGCUUACCAGCAGCUGGUCAACUUGAGAUCUGUGGCAUUGUGUUGUGUGACAAAACUGCACAUUUAGAGUGGCCUUUUAUUGUGCCCAGCACAAGGUGCACCUGUGUAAUGAUCAUGCGGUUUAAUCAGCUUCUUGAUAUGCCACACCUGUCAGGUGGAUGGAUUAUCUUGACAAAGGAGAAAUGCUCAAUAACAGGGAUGUAAAUACAUUUGAUCACAAAAUUGGAGAGAAAUUAGCUUUUUGUGCGUAUGGAAAAUAUCUGUGAUCUUUUAUUUCAGCUCAUGAAACAUGAGACCAACACUUUACAUGUUGCGUUUAUAUUUUUGUUCAGUAUAAUUCAUGUUUUUUUUGGGGCUAGGGCUUAUUUACAGUAUGCGUAUGCAUAAUCUCUAAUAUGCGUAUGGAUGUUUUGAAUUAAUCAUCACCUUAGAAAGCGCUGUCCAUUUAGUUGUGUUAGGCUUUGAAACAACAUCCACAAGGACCAUGUUUUCCACUCAUUGUCAACCUGUUGUUGAACUUCUUUCUUCAAAUUGAACUGGGGACAGCAAGGGGUCAUCAGGCCAGGUAGUCCUGAGGCAUGGUCCUCCGGGAGGAGAGGGAGAGCGAGAGAAUUAGAGGGAGCAUACUUAAAUUCACACAGGACACCGAAUAAGACAGGAGAGUAACACCAGAUAUAUCAGACUGACCCUAGCCCCCCGGCACAUAGACUAUUGCAGCAUGGAUAAUAUGAGCCUGACCCAAGGCCGGAUCCCCUAGAUCUGAAAGAACUGCAUAGGUAUAAGAAGUAUGGGGUGAAGAUUCCACCAAGAUUAUCAGAGGGCAAGUUGGUGUGAUAUGAUAUUUGAUGCGUAAUAUGCUAUUACCCAUCAAAUAUUUUCAGAUUUACAAGAAGUGCCUAGGGGCAGGGGUUUAAGGAAUGGAUUUGGAACUGGGCAGUAGUUGGCCCAGAAGCAGCAUGAAUGAGUUCCAGACGGUAGAACCUCUGAUGGCCUCACAGGGCUCACUUGAAAAAUAAUUCUCAAUGUGACUUCCCUGUAUAAAUAAUAGUAUACUGGGAUAUUUGGGUUACAAUUACCUGUUCCGUCACAUGUUCCAUUUGCCUUAGCCCCUCGCGGAACUGCAACGGAUGGUGGAGGUACCUGUAUUUAAUAGAGCUCCACCCUCAGGUGAGUGGGUGAGGUGUUGGGGGGGCGGGGCUGUCGGAGUGUCACAAGGAUGCGCGAUGUGUGUGAGGAGAAGAGUGCACCGUGUUGUCUUUGUAAGAGGCCGAGUGUAGACCUUGUUGUUUGGAGCCGGAGUGUCUGAGUUGUUGUUUUUAGGCUGUUCAGUUGUAAUGGUGUGACCAGACUGGGCCCGUUCCAUUUCAACUCAGUCAAUUUACUUGGAAAAUAAAGAUAAACUGAAUUGAGUUCAAAAGGAUUGGAUCCCAGGUACAGUCAGGCAGUGGAUUAGUCAAACACAACCCUGACCCUGCUGUCCUCCUCCCCCCCCCCCUCAGAACGAAGAGAUGCUGAGCAGCCUCGAGACGGCCUCUGUCCACAUCGUCAAGCCACCUACGCCGCCAAUCUGCUCCAGCACUCGGAUCCUUCCACACUCUCUCCCUCCUCUACCCCCAACGGGCCCAUCUGCCUCAGGCAGCAGCAGUACCCCAGCCCCAGGCUUGGCUUCUGGCCCUGCCCUGGGGAGUGGGGUUAUGGGGGCGGGCUCGUGGAUGGCCACCAUCCAGGAGGAUCCCAGCUGCGAUUAUCACCUCGACCCGGACGAAGACGACUUCCCUCCACCCGGAGGCUCCAACGCCACCAAGUCGUCUUACGUGGACCUGACGGCAGAGCGGAGCACAGCUGGAUCGGGCCGCCACGAUGAGGCAAACCUGCGUGGUGGACAAUAAAGAGAACCAGUGCUGAGGGAACAUGUUUGUAUAUGUACUCACAUACACGCGCACACGCAUGUACAUGCAAACACACACUGUUAUAUAUUUGGGGAUAUUUGUGCCUUGUUAGUUUCAAGAGUCAAAGCCAAGUGCUUUAUUUGGCACUGCUCACUCCGAUACAGGCCAGACAGUCUUUGGAGGUGUUAUUUUGUUAUUUUUGACUGACAGCUGUCAGAAAGGGUUGAUUGA